AUGGCGCAAGCUACCGACCUCAAGGCCUCUCUGGGCCGCUGGUCGAAGAGGCUCGGCACCCUGCCGAGUCUCGCCCUCCCCACAGACUACCCGAGAACCAGUGAGUUGCCCGCUGGACCUAAAUUGCUCCGAUAUCUAGGAAGUUAUAGAGAGCUGACCCACCCAGUACCCGCGAAGAUGAUCGAGUCGGUGCAGACGCUUCCUCUCCCGCCGUCUCUGACCCCGGCGCUUAUGCACCUCACGUACGAGUUCAGCGAGCUCUUCCCCUCGGCGCCGCUGCCCACGCCGUACCACCUGCUGCUGACGUCGUUCGUCAUCCUCCUGUUCCGUUACACCCCUGACCCUUCCAUGGUCAUUUGCACGAGCGCCCCGGGAACUACGGCUCCUCUGCUUCUCAAGCUCGACAUUACGGCGGAGAUGACCUUCUUCGACGUCCUCCGUCAGGUCAUGGAGCGCGAGGAGGACGCCGCGCAGGACGUCAUCCCGUUCUCGGCACUUAUCGACCACCUCAAGCCCGAAGGACCGCUGUACCGCGUCCGCUUCUUCGACUCGACCCAGGUCGACGCCGACCCGUCGGGAUCCCUCUCGACUGACUGGACCCUCUUCCUCCUCGCCGAGGACCAGCAGGGAUCCGCCACUCGCUCGGCCAUGCCCAAGCUCUACCUCCGCCUCACCUACAACUCGCUCCUGUUCACUCAGGCGCGCGUUCAGGCCGUCCUCGACUCGCUCAUUCAGCUCCUCAAGUCGGCCUCAUCCCACGACGCCGCCCACCCCAUCGGCUCGCUCCCCAUCCGUACCGAGGCACAGGCCAAGGUUGUCCCCGACCCCUCGUCUGACCUCGACUGGUGCGGAUACGUCGGCGCCAUUACCGACAUUUUCCAGGCCAACGCCAAGGCCCACCCCGACCGCCCCUGUGUUGUUCAGUGUGAGCAGGCCGAGGGACAGGGCAUCCUCGACGGCCCGUCGCGCGGACGAAGGACCUUCACCUAUCGCCAGAUUGACGAGGCUUCGAACGUCCUCGCUCACUCGCUCCUCAAGAACGGCCUCAAGCGCGGAGAGGUCGUCAUGGUCUACGCCGCCCGUAGCGUCGACCUCGUCGUGUGUGUCAUGGGUAUUCUCAAGGCCGGCGGUAUCUUCUCGGUCGUCGACCCCGCGUACCCGCCGAACCGUCAGAUCGUCUACCUCCAGGUCUCGACUCCUCGGGCCCUGCUCGUCAUUUCCAGCGCCGGUGUCCUCUCCCCCACUGUUUCCGAGUACAUCAAGGAGAAGCUCGACCUCCGUGUCCACAUUCCGGCUAUCAAGAUGACCGAGAACGGCAUCACCGGCUCGCCCGCUGGCGCCGCCGAGGACAUCCUUGCUCCCUACCAGGAGCUCGCCCAGUACCCCCACCGGCGUCGUUCUCGGCCCCGACUCCAACGCGACCCUCUCCUUCACCUCUGGCUCGACCGGCAUCCCCAAGGGUGUCAAGGGAAGGCAUUUCUCGCUCACCCACUUCUUCCCCUGGAUGGCUGA